CGACCCGAGCUCUCCCGCCAUUUUCCUCAAACGAUAUAGCUAGCUCUACUACACACUUGCUCUGCCCGAUGAUGAUGGCGCGAGAGGUGAGCAGCGAGGAGGAGGCUGGCGGCGGCGACGAGCUCCGGCGAGGGCCGUGGACGGUGGAGGAGGACCUGCUCCUCGUCAACUACAUCGCCGCCCAUGGCGAGGGCCGCUGGAACGCGCUCGCGCGCUGCGCCGGGCUGAAGCGGACGGGGAAGAGCUGCCGGCUGCGGUGGCUGAACUACCUGAGGCCGGACGUGAGGAGGGGGAACAUGACGGCGGAGGAGCAGCUGCUGAUACUGGAGCUCCAUGGGCGGUGGGGGAAUCGGUGGAGCAAGAUCGCGCAGCAUCUCCCCGGCCGCACCGACAACGAGAUCAAGAACUACUGGCGCACCCGCGUCCAGAAGCACGCCAAGCACCUCAACUGCGACGUCAACUCCCAGCAGUUCAAGGACCUCAUGCGCUACCUCUGGAUGCCCCGCCUCCUCGAACGCAUCCACCGCUCCUCCCAAUCCCAAUCCCACGACGCCGACGACGCCGACCUCUCCGUCUCCGCCGCCACCAGCUGCAUCACCUCCGACCUCGUCGUCGACGCGCAUCACCCGCCGCUCGCCAUGGCCGACAGCAACGACUCUGCAGCCAUGUGGCAGCAACAUCAAGCACCACAGAUGAGCGUCGCCGGCGCGCCGCCGCCGACGACGACGAUGGCCCAACAUGUAGUACUGCCGACCGCGGCGGCGUCGUGCCACCAGAUGCAGGAUCAGUUCGUCUGCGCGCGCGCGGCGGAGACGACGACGUGCUGCUGGUCCGAGUCGGAGUCGCUGCCGGGUCUCGCGGGGCUGUACUACGACGACGCGGCGGCGGCGCUGCCGGAGUUUGACGUGGAGACCAUGGCCAUGUGGGGCCCUGAGGACGACCCAUGGUACACGCAAAUGCUUGGCUUGUGAAAACCGUUGACCAAAUAUGAUGCCUUCCUACCUACACCUACACAUUUGUGUGGAUUAAAGAAGAAGGAGAUGCUUAUUAUUUGGAGGUUAAUUUGAUUUGAUUUAACCCCCAAUAAUCUCGUCUCCAGUUCUUACCACAUAUAUCGUCAAUUCUCAAGUACAGUACAUUAGCUACACUUUAGUACAGUAGUAGUAUUUUGGAACAUGCAUGGAGUAAUUACUUAAGCUACACUUGGUAGUUUUCCUCCUCCAUGAUCAUCAAGUAAAAGCAUGCAUGCAUGAUCAUGGAUGGAGAUAAACUACAGUGCUAAUUAAAUUAGUCUGGAUGUACGGUUAAUCGAUCGCUUGGUUUUUACUAUACUGCCUGAAUUACUCCAUUCUUAAUUUCUCGGGACGGAUGAAACGGAUUGGUUUAAUUUGUUUGUAAUAAUGUAUAUCAAGCUAGCUAGCUAGCUUAAUUUGGUGAUGAUCUGGAUACCACAAUAAGACUUUUGGAACUCCUUGUGAUAUGAUGGUGAGGUGUGGGACUGAUUAAGAAAUCUGUAUCUAUGCAUAUGUGUAUAAGCAAACUCAUGGAUCGGUCACUUUCUUGUCUGAUCAAGAUCCAGAUAAUUCUAUCUCGGCUUUCGUUA